UGCAGAUUUCUAGCUUAUUACCCAUUCCGGACCCCAGGCACUAUGUUUUCAUGCAAUCACAAGGACCAGGAAUGCUUCCUGUCCUCAUACAGGCAUAUUUUGGAAAUUACCAUACUCGUUGCUGUCUCUGCUAUUUUCUGCUCCAUAUUGCUUCGUAUGUUUCGUGCGUAUAAAGCUGAGUUUUUACGCGCUGGAUUCUCCGGCGUGGACGUUCACAAACCCGGGAAACCCACUCUUCCCGAAGCCCAAGGCGUCCUCGCUGGUGCGGUAUUUAUCACUGUAAUGUUCUUGUUCAUACCUGUGCCGUUUUGGCAAUUCCUUUUCGACAGGAACAACUCGCUCCCAUGGACUAUGGGACCGUUCGAUAAAUCCAUUGAGCAACAGUUGCACUUUAAGAGCCAAUUCAUUGGCUACCUUGCUGGGUUAUUGUGCAUAUGCUGCAUGGUGUUCCUCGGAUUUGCGGACGAUGCACUCGAUCUUCCCUGGCGGCACAAGUGUCUUCUUCCAUCUAUAGCCUCUCUUCCACUGUUGAUGGUCUAUUUAACAAACGAUGGCACAACGCUUAUUGUUAUUCCUACCUUUCUGCGCUCCGUCCUUGGAGCCACGAUCGAUAUUGGCUUCUUCUACUACGUUUACAUGGGCCUUCUGACCGUCUUUUGCACCAACGCGAUCAAUAUAUACGCCGGAAUCAACGGUUUGGAAGUUGGCCAAAGUUUGGUUAUUGCCACAUCGGUUGCUUUAUUUAAUGUAAUCGAGUUGCGUGGUCACCUCUGGCGCAUACACUUGUUCUCACUUUAUUUUCUGAUUCCCUUCAUCGCGGUUUGCUGGGCUUUGUACAAAGUUAACCGUUACCCCGCAUCAGUUUUUGUGGGUGACACAUUCUGCUACUUUGCCGGAAUGACCUUGGCUGUUGUUGGGGUUUUGGGUCACUUCAGCAAAACUUUGAUGUUAUUCUUCAUCCCGCAAAUAUUCAACUUUGUGUACAGUGUCCCUCAACUGUUCGCCCUGAUUCCAUGCCCACGACAUCGCCUACCAUAUUACGAUACACAAGAUAAACUGCUUCAUCCCAGCAAGGUUCGUUUCCACCCCAAAUCGCUUAGCACAGUUGGCCAGUUCAUACUGAACACAUGCGCACGCAUUGGCCUCAUUGAAUGUCGCUUGGUGCACACUUUUCAACCUCCACUACCCCAUUCAAACUUACUAAGUGAUGAGCCAGCUGAAGCGAACCACGAUGCUCCUGCUGUAAUCCCUGGGAAGGAAUUGGAGGAGGAGAUUGUCGAAGUUAACAACUUCACCCUAAUCAACUUAGCGCUUCGUAUUCGUGGACCUAUGUCAGAAGCAGAUACUACGAGGUUCCUGUUACUCCUCCAGAUCGCAACCUCUUGUUUGGGCUUCAUCAUUCGUUAUCCCCUUGCCUGGAUGUUCUACGACAGCUGAUGAAUAAACUGUACUGCGCACUACAUCCGUUUUCCCACUUUUUUGAUUGAAACACCAUCUUUUCUUCCUCACCAUCAUCAUUUUUCUUAUAGUGUUGCACUUACAACGUCACAGUCGUUUGUUUCCCAUUUGUCCGUGAGUAGAUGCAUCCUUGACAUCUCUUAUGACUAUUUUUGUGGGGUAUUAUUCUGAUGACAAUACCCGCAGCCAUUACGCUUCGUUAGUCAGAUUAAACUGCAAGCUACUCUUUUCAAUACAUUUACC